CAGCUAUUUCGACGGUGAUGAACACGACUGUAAUCUCUCACGGAGGCAGAUAGUGGCAACGCCCGAGGCCCGAUGGUCCGCUGUACAGCGUAUACGGCGACAUCGAUGCUACUAUAUAUAGUUACAGAUAUAUAAAUAUUAGUGGUUUACCGAUCCGGGUAGAUGAUGACGUGCCGUGAGUGUGGACCGUUGAUGGGGCCGUCGGAUCGUCGCGGAGUCGAUGUUGACGUUGUCGUUGUUUCCGUGUCACACACACUCUCUUCACACACUGCCUCGGUCAUAAUUAUAUACGCCGCUGCCGUGUGCCUAAACCCUUAGUCAACAGUCAGCUGCUAUCGCUAUUCCUCACACUCAGCAUAUUAGGUAGCGGGUGCCCUACUUAAGGAAUAAUGUACGAUGCCGAUAGACAGCAAUCGUUACAAACCUACGACUUCCCGUGCAAACUUAGUGAAAAAAAUAUUGUAUCAUCCAUUAACUAAAGGAAACCAACACACAAGGUAUGGACUCGAAAAUGAGGAACCUGCAAAAAAAGCCAUUCAAACAAGACUAAAGAAAACGAUAAGUUUAUCAGGUUUAUUUAUUCAUAGAACCCUAAAUUAUUUGGCUGCUAGUCCAGACGGGUUAAUAGGUGAAGACUCGAUUUUAGAAGUAACAUGUCCGUCGAGUAUUAAAGAAUACACACCGAAGAAAGCGUUUAAUCUUGGAAAAUUAAGCUAUAUGGAGGUCGGUAAUAAAAGAGGAGAACUUGUUUUAAAAAGGAAUCAUGUGUUUUAUUACCAAGUACAAGGACAACUUAAUAUUUCCGAAAAGAAAUAUUGUUAUUUUGUUGUCUGGACUCCCAAAGGUUUUAUAAUAGACAAGAUACAUAGAGAUGAAUCAUUUUUCAACGAAAAAAUUGAACCUUUUGUUACUGAAUUUUACAUGAAGUCAUUACUCCCAGAAAUUAUUGAUCCAAGAUUUAAACGAAAUUUACCAAUAAGGACAGGCAUUUCGAAUGAAGCAGUUUAAUACAAUAUUAUUCAGAUAAUAAAUUAAAAAGAUUAUUUAUGCUUGUAUAGAUUAAAGCUAUAUACUAUUAUUAUAUUAUUAUUAUAAUUAACCAUAAUUUAUAUUUUAUAAUAUUUAACUAUUUUCUUAUUCAAAAAUAAUAGCACACAUAUUUAUAAUAAUUGUAUGGACAUAAAUAUAAUAUAAUUAUUCAGCACUAUGUCUUGUUUUUGUUUAAUGUUUUUAACUUUUGGACUGGUAGGCAAAUACAUAUAUUACAUAUACCAUGAAUGGUAAUGAAUAGAGCGCAGAUUUCUAUGCAAUUGCAUAUUUUUGGAUUUUUGUCAGUUAUCUCCACGAAUCAUCAUAAUUUGAAGCUAAUGGUGAAAUUUUUUUUUGCAUAUUUAAAGGUUACCUAUUGCAUAUUUUUGCCAAAUUCAAAAUUUAUUGCAUAUUGAAGCGAAA